CCCACAUCACUAAUCUAUUUCAUCAUUUCUAUCGCAUUCGUUAGUGAAGUGGUUGAAAAAAUUACAAAUAUUCGUGAUUAAAAUGCGUAUAUAGUUUAUUGAAUAUAAACUUUGUGUAUUUAAAACUUUCAGCUGAAUGAAUUGCAUAACUGUGAAGAUAAUGUGUGGCAGGCAAUAAAGAAUAUCCUGCACUGCAGGCUCGGGUAAAUCUAAUAGCGUUAGAAGCAUUGUCGGGGCGGAUUAUUUCAAAGUUAAAAUAGAAUCAUCAUAAAGGAAACUAAAAAAAAAAACCUUAAAUACGAUUUUGUUUGUCGACGUUUGCAAAUCAGAUGAAACAAGCAAAACCAGCAAAACAAACAUUCCAAAUUUUACUACGUUGGAUAAGACAUAUUUGUUGGUGUGCAGUGUACUCAACAAAUUGUCAAAGCGGGUAUCCCUCCAGUGCUAUCACGUACAAAUCUUAAUUGAAUAAAUCUUUAACUGAAGUGUUUAAAAAAUGCCACCCGCUGCAUUAAUUGGUAUUGCAGAGUUUGUGGAGGAAACUCGUGAUGACUAUAAUUCUCCAACCACAUCUACAUUUGCAUCAAGAAUGCCAGAUUGUCGUCAGACGAUUGCUGUAUUGGAAGAGCGCCUCGAAUUCGAUCGCGAAGGUCUGACAAAAUUAAAAAAGGCCGUAAAGGCGAUACACAAUUCCGGAAACACCCAUGUGGACAAUGAAAUGUUUCUGGUGCGUGCAUUGGAGCGUCUUGGUGGUAAGGUAAUCGACCAAGAUGAACCGGAUAUUGGUGCUGCAUUUCUCAAGUUUUCCGUCGUCACAAAGGAGUUGAGCGCACUAAUGAAAACACUGAUGCAAAACAUCAAUAACAUCAUCAUGUUUCCGGUGGACUCAAUGCUAAAGAGCGAGCUGCGCGGUGUAAAGGGCGACAUGAAACGGCCUUUCGAUAAGGCUGCCAAGGAUUACGAAGCGAAAUUUAUAAAAAUCGAAAAGGAGAAGAAGGCGCAAGCCAAAGAGGCAGGUAUGGUGCGCACCGAAAUCGAUGCAGCUGUCGUGGCAGAUGAAAUGGAAAAGGAGCGGCGGCUCUAUCAGCUGCAAACGUGCGAGUAUUUAUUGAAGUAUAAAGAAAUUAAAACCAAAACUGGUAUUGAGCUGCUGCAGCAUUUCAUCGAGUAUUAUCACGCGCUAAAUAAUUACUUCAAGGAUGGGCUGCAAACAAUCGAACACUUUGGCACGUAUAUCAGUGAUUUAAGCGAGAAAUUGCAGUUGAUCAAACAAAAACAAGAUGAGGACCGUCGCAGUUUGCUCGAUUUGCGAACACUACUGCGCAGUACGCCCGAUUUUGAACGUGCUGAGAAUGUGCCGUCGGAGAAGGGUGGUGGAAAUGCAGGUGGCUAUUCGCUGCAUCAAUUGCAGGGCGACAAACAUCACGGUGUGACACGUUCGGGUCAUCUGUUGAAGAAGAGCGAAGGCAAAGUGCGGCGCGUCUGGCAGAAGAGACGAUGUCGUGUAACAGCUGACGGGUUUCUUGAUAUAUGCCAUGCGGAUGAAUCGAAACCGCCAACACGCGUCAAUCUAUUGACAUGUCAAAUAAAGCCGGUGCCAGAUGACAAACGCGGCUUUGAUCUAAUCAGUUACAAUCGUCCAUACCAUUUUCAAGCUGAAGAUGAGGCAGACCAAAAAGCCUGGAUGGCAGUUCUAGUGAACUGCAAAGAGAAGGCUUUAGCUAAAGCAUUCCAACAUGCGAAUCCGCAAAUGAGCCCGAGUUUGGUAGAACUACAAAAGACUGUUAUACGAUACGUCCAAAUGUUGCCGGGUAAUGAUCAAUGCUGCGAUUGUGGUUCACGCAAUGAUGUAACCUGGAUUAGUCUAAAUUUUGGCAUACUCGUCUGUAUACAAUGCUCGGGUGUGCAUCGUGAUCUGGGUGUGCAUCAUUCCCGAAUACAAAGUCUUACAUUGGACAAUUUGACCACUGCAAAUUUGUUGAUCGCACGCGCCAUGGGUAAUAGUACACUAAAUGAAAUAAUGGAGGCAACAUUAGGGAAGGGUAAACUCACUCCAGAGAGUACAAUGGAACAACGAUAUGAUUUCAUACGGGCGAAAUAUGUUGCAAAACGUUAUGUGAUGCGCACAUGUGCGGAUGACAAUGAAUUACGUUGCGAUCUCGAACAAGCUAUUGUCAAUGCAGAUAUGAGUCAACUGCUACAGGUCUGGGCUGAGGGCGCCGAUCUUACGUGUUGUCUGCCAUCGUCAGAUGCGGGCGAAACAGCCUUACAUUUGGCUGUGUUGAGAGAAAUGAUGGGUUCAACGUUGCACAUUGUUGAUUUUCUCAUACAGAAUAUGCCACCAAAGGGUCUUAAUAAGGCUACCAAUCCGCCGAGCAUUAUUGAUGCGAUCGGUCAAAAUACAGCAUUACACUUGUGUGCGCUACAUGAUCGUCGUGAAUGUAUGAAAUUGUUAUUACGUUCCGGUGCUGAUUAUGAACUGCGAAAUUCACAGAACAAAACUUCACUGGAUAUUGCCAAAGAAAUGGGCCACAAUGCCUGCAAAGAGCUGAUUGAAUGUGCCAUGCGGCGUGAAAAAAGCGCUUUCGAUCACAUCAACACUGAUUGGAAUUUGCCAAAUGAGGAUGGAUCCACAGAUUUUUCAGAUGACGAUACGGUGAUCGAUGAGAGGAAGUCGCGCUCACGUCCUCCGAGCUUCGCUGGCGGUGAUUCGCCAGUGCUGCGCUCUCGUUCCUCAACAUGUGAUUCAAUACAAAGCAGUUCUAGUCCAAUUGCCAAUUGUCCAAGUCGACAGUUUACAUUGCCGUCCAGUGUAGCCGCAUAUCCACAAUCGGCGGGCACCUCGCCCAAGCAACAUGUCGCAAUGGGCCAGUAUCUAAGUGGUGGUGCUGCUUUGGACGGUGUUGGUCGUGGCGGAAAUAACGCCGGCGGCGGUGGCUCCAGCCCGAGUUCGGCAUCAAGUCAAAGUGCACGAAUUUCGCGUAGCAUUGCCAACAGUGAACUGGUGCACAUGCAAGGUGCUCGUAAAUCAACGUCUACAGCGAAUAUGAAUUCACUUAAAAAACGUACUGCACCCGCUCCACCCCCCGGUGUUACAUCUACUGUAAGUACAACCACUAAUUCGAUGUAUGGCACUUUACCGCAUCCACCGCGUCAUUCACAAAAUUUUGAUACAAGCGAUUUACGAAAUCUAAAUCACAAAAAUCAGUCCAUGGAUGUGGUGUAUGGUACAUUACCGCACCUGCGUUCAGUGGACAGUAGUCCGCGUAUCAGCGGCAGUCAUGGUGCCAUGCAUAGCUUUUACGAUCGCUACGAUAAAACACAAAUAGUGUCACAAGAUCCGAAUGGUGGUAGUGGUGGCGGCGGCGGUAAUAGUAAUAUGAUGCCGGUUAUGACAACGUUCGGACACAAACGUUCACCCAGUGGGGAGUCAGUAAAUCGUAAUUUCCAUUUGGCUGGUGCAAAACUAGUACUACCACCAGCUGGGGAAAUACCCACUUUAAAGCAUGUUGACAAAUCUGCUUUGGCGCGACCAAAAAUUCCACCGCCAGGACCGCCGCCAGAACGUGAAAUUUCCAAUGGACAAUCGAAUGAGAGUAUUUGCUCCAUGGAGGAUGCAGGACCUGUAGCGCCGCCCAGAAAGCGCAAAAUAACAAAUUUAGUGAGAUUAUCCCAACCAAGUGAAGAGACGCUCAUCAAUCAGUCCAUGAACUACAGUGAUUACGAGCCGUGGAACACCGAACUGGAUACUUCAGUUGGUGGUGGAGGUGGUGAUGGCCACGGACGUGGCGGUAGUGGCAGUAGCGGCGGCGGAUUAGACAACUCAGCCGACUCAAAUUUGUCAUCUAGCGAUAAUGACCGUAUCAGCUCUUCGCCGGACAAUCAACUAAAAAGUGGCAAAUUUAAUUAUCAGAAUGGCCAUCGUCGUUGUCGCGCUUUAUACGACUGCGCUGCCGACAAUGAUGAUGAGCUCGAAUUCAAGGAAGGUGAAAUAUUAAUUGUGCUUAAUGAACGUACUGAUGAUGAGAAUUGGAUGGAAGGCGUGAUUGAGGGUGAACCCACACGACAUGGCAUGUUCCCUGUCAGCUUUGUACAUAUGCUACCUGAUUAAAUGGUUACAGACUUAACAGAGAUUAUGGCGGUGAAUAAACAUCGUAAAGGAAUGCUAUGCAUUAUCCCAACGACUUACUCAGUGUUAAAUGGAAGAUGAAUGAGCAGUAAAUUGCGAUAAACCAUAAUAAUAUAAUGACGCACAGACCAAAUCGUAUUAUAAAAUAAAAUCUAAUAAUAAUUGUAGAAUGAAAGAAAACAUGCUAAAAAAUAUUUAUUUGUAACUAAUAAUGAAAAUAUUACUACUACCAUUAAUUGCUUUACAUAAUACUACGCUAUGUCCUGGUGAUAUGCUAAAAAUAUUAGCGAAGCACAUACUCAUAGGUUUACUUCCGACGCAAUAAAAGAUGAGAUUAAUUGAUGUAGCGGUUGUAGCUGAAAACGAGAAAAAAAUCGAAUUGGAAAUUGUUAAUUGUUGAAUAACAAAUAUAUGUGUACGGCAAUUCAUUCAUGUAAGUGUCAUAUCUAAUAAAGUUAAGAAAAUCCACUGAAUUGCUAAUUUGAAAGAGCUCUAAAUAAGUGUUUUAUACCCCUUUCAUAUUUAUGUAACGUUUCAAAAGUUUUAAUUCCAAAUUUACAUCAACUACUAUAUUGCAUAGGAAAAGAUAAACUUAAUUAUCGAACACAAUUUUGGCUCAUAAUAACAUAUCGAAAUACUAUUUAUGUUAACUGCGCAAACGCAGACUAUGAAUACAGAUCAGGCAUAAAUUGAUUAUUAAUAUUUAUUUUCCAAAAUAUAAACAGUGCACAAAUAUAAUUGUGUUUAAAAUAUAAACAGUCGUACAUAAAUGUUUAAAAUUAACGAUUUAUUAAAAGUUUGCGAGUCUGAAAAGAGUUUUGUAAUAAAUGUUUAAAUACACAAGUGUUAGCAUUCAUAAUCACUAUCAAUGUAAAAUACCGUGAAAUUUUCUAUGAAAUCUACAAGCUGUCAGUGCUUUACAAACAUGGCGGGAACAGGCGUCAUUAUUGCAAUGAAUGCCUGGGCGACUAAAUUAAAUUUGGCUAUUGUAGUUUAGCGUCAGAGACCAUCAUCUUCACCUACAACAAAAUAAUAAUACUAAACAAAAAAAAAAUGAUAAAAUUGGUAA